AUGGAUCCCCUAAAGAGCCUAACGGCCAAUGCUCCCGACUGGGUGAAGCGGCUCGACGAGCUCAAUGGCCAGAUUGAGCAGCGCCAGCGUGAUCUGGCGAAGCUCGCCGAAACCGAGCGCCCCAAAUCUUCCGCUCGGUCCAUUCGAAAUCAGGGCUCGACCGAGUCACUGAAACCCAAAGACGACGGCGCAGCUUUCCCGUCCAACGACGUGCAUCGCAACCCGGCCCCGGCCACACCGGCCCCGAGACGGUCAACACCGCCACGGCAACCGUCGCAAUCACAACAAGGCAAUCGCCCGCCAUCGAGCCCCGGUAGCGAUCGUAAGUCGCCUUCUUCUCUCCAACGGCAGACCAACGAGGUGGUUGCGACAGCCCAGAGACGCGCCCGCGCCGUCCUGCGGAAGCGCCAAAAGACCGACUCCAUGAUCAGCGGCGAGGGUGCUCCACCCACCUACAGAACCCGGAGCAUGAUCCUGGUCUAUUACGAUAGCUACGUGCAGUCCUUCUUCGAGGAACUGGUCAAGUUCGUUUCGGCGCAGAGGAACCUGAUGCGCAAGGCCAAAAUGGCAGCAAAAGUGGCACAGAUCAAGCGACUCGCCGAACUGGAGAUGCCCGACGACGAUGACGACGAUGACAACGACGUGGACGAUCCUCUGCAGCCCGGAGACGCCCUCAUCGCGGCAGACCCAGCAAUCGCCUCGCGGCCGCCAAGGGAAGCGCGGGAAGAUUUGAAGCUGCGAUAUGUGAGCACUCGCAUGAUGGGGCCAACGUCACGGAUGCCCCACGCCGGCCUGGCGCAGAUGAGAGGGUCUUACGGCGGUAUGGACAUGCUGAACCGCGGACUGAGCGACAUGGACCAACCCAGCGAUGUGUUCGACGAGCUAGACCGGGGCUUGGAGUUUGUGCAGGGCAUGUGUGAGCGUGCCGCGCAUCAGUUCCUCCGUGACGGCGACUGCGAGGAAGAAAUUGCAAAAAUCAAGCGCCGACUGGCGCAGACCAAGGAGGUUGCCGAUCACGAGAUGGAGCGCCUAUCCAAAGAAAACCCCAACGUGCUGAGCGAAACCGCGCCGCCAAAUGCUCGCAGCUAUCGCCCCUCGACCAUGCGAAGGGAUCCCGGUGCGUCAGUCCACUCUAAGAAGAAACAACUGGAGGUUGACGAUGAAGGCGUUGAAGACAUGUGA